AUGAGGUCAAAAGUCACAAAGAUUGCGGAGACAUUCCGGGACCAGUUCGUCUUUGGGAUCUCGAACGACAAGAGACUGGCAGAGCAGGAGAACGUUGCGUUCCCCUCUAUCAUUGCUUACAGGACGGAUGUUGGUGAUCGAGAGGUGCUGCAGGGCCCUGUGACCCGAUCUGUCAUUGAGAAGUUCAUCCUUGAGGCAGGGAAGCCGCUCAUAGAUGAGCUGACUCGACGAAAUGAAGUCAAUUAUAUGAGUUCCCAUAAACUUCUCGCCUAUAUCUUCGUCACCGAUGAGGCCGAUCGCGCCCUUUUCCGCCGAAAACUGCAUCCCGUUGCAAAGCAAUACAAGGACUAUGUCAACUUCGUCACCAUCGACGGUAAGCGAUGCACCUCCACUGGACGUAAAUGCGAUGGGUACGAGUUCCCCAAGGAGAGUUCCAGCAGCUCAGAAUCAACCGCAUUGUCGCCACCGCAACAGAGCCCGAGACCUUUCCAACACCUAUUUCAACCCAACUCAAUCUCCAAACCCUUUCAAGGUAACACUCAAGAACGCCGUAUCUUCCACCGAUUUCAGUAUUGCACGGUGCCCGCAUUUACUGGUGGCUCGGAAUCCGGCUUUUGGACAAAACUCGUACUCAAAGUGGGUCACGAGGAACCGGUGGUCCGCAACGCCAUCAUUGCCUUGGGGACGUUGCAUGAGGAUUACCAGGACCGCUGUGGCAAAUACAGCCCCAAGUUGAUUGACGACCAGAGCUUCCGAUACGCCCUGAGGCUAUACGGGGUUGCGUUGCGUGACCUGAACAAGAGACUCAACACCCCUUCGAGCACCAACGCCAAGCUUGCCAUCAUUUCAAGUAUAUUAUUUGCCUGCUUCGAAGUUCUUCGACGCAAUAACAUGGCCGCUGUCAUCCACUACCAGCUGGGAAUGAGAGAACUGAUCAGACAAAUGAAUCUUCCUCAAAGUGAUGACAUCUCCCUUGCACCCAGUUCACCAGAACAAGCCUCUGGCUCACGAGCAACCUUCCGCGAGAUUCCUCAAGACGAGUUAGACGAACUACUCCGGGUCUUUGCCCGCUACGACAUCCAAGCCUGCACAUUCUCCAAAGAGCGAGCGGAACCCUUAUUAACCCAUGUUAGCCAAGUGCCUCGGAUACUGCCGACCAACCUCACUUUGAGUCAAGUUCGCAACCAUCUCGACAACCUCCUUGUUUCGGUAUACCAACUGGUCAAGUCCGAUGCUCGUAUGUACCGAUAUUGGAAGAGAGAUGUCGUGCCUCUGGAAUGGCAGGCUCGACGGCAAGAGGCUAUCGAUGUCUUCGAUGCCUGGAUGGAAGCUCUGGAGAACUUUUUCUCAACCCAGAGUCCGAGGCUGAGUCGUACCGACAUCAAAAGCCUGCUGGGACUCCGUUUGCAGAUCAAAACCGCGGUCAUGAUGCUCAAACUGUGCAUAGACUGUGGGCCCGAAACCACCUACGACGCUUUCCAGGACGACUUUGAGGACAUGGUGACCAAAGUUGAGCAGGUCACCACAGCACUUAGCUUGGCUGAAACCAUGCCCUUGGCAGAUGAGCUCACACCUUUCACUAUGGAGCUGGGUAUAAUACACCCUCUAUUCUUCACAGCUUGCAAGUGUCGAGACUGGGGUAUACGACGCCGGGCAGUGGCCCAACUCAAGCGUGCCGGCAAAGAGGGUGUCUGGGAGGGUCCCAUCAUGGCCGUUCUGGCCCGGAGAAUCAUAUCCUUGGAGGAAGAAGGUCUGUCUGAAGGAGAACUGGUGCCCGAGGCAAAUCGAUUCCACGACAUCAAGAAGAACGUUGAUUAUGACAGCCGCCAAAUCCUUUUCGAAGGAACCAGAGCUUCGGACACGACCUGGGAGAAUUUUUCGAUUCAUAGAGAAGUGGUUUCAUUCUGA